AUGGCAGUAUGUUUUGGUGGUAAAAAAUCAAAAGUAUCACAAACAAUAACAAAACGUUUUUCUUCAAAUAAAAAUAAUGAUUAUGAUCAUCAACAAACUUUAAAUAACCAUCAUCGUUCUCAUUCCCAUAUAAAUCAUUAUCAAACAAAUUCAAAUAUGCCUCAUGAUCUUUCACGUUCAUCUGCUAAUUCUGCAUCAUCAUCAGCAUUUUCCUAUUCAUAUGAUGAUGAAUCAACAACAGAUGAUGAUUCAAAACAACAAAAAAAACUUAAACGUACUGUCGAACAUUUAACAUCAUCAUCGCAACAAAAAUAUACAAUUGUUAAUGCUGAUAUGAUAUUUUAUUGCUUUGAAAUCUUAGGCAAUCAUUUAUUUAAUGGUAAACAUCAUUUAGGUAAACAUCAUUCAUCUUCAUCAAGUACAAAUAGUCAAUUAAUUCCAUCAUUACUUAAUCCACCUGCAGUUCCAGCAGAUCCUUAUCCAUUAUUUGUUACAUGGCUUAUUGGAACAGACAAACAAUUACGUGGAUGUAUUGGAACAUUUUCACCAAUGAAUCUUGCACAAGGUCUUCGUGAAUAUGCUAUUACAUCAGCAAUAAAUGAUAGUCGUUUUUCUCCAAUAUCUCGUGAUGAAUAUCCAUCAUUAUCAUGUGCUGUAUCAGUUUUGACACAUUUUGAACCAUGUUCAUCUUAUUCCGAUUGGACAAUUGGUCUUCAUGGUAUACGUAUUGAAUUUCUUAAUGAACGUGGUUCAAAACGUUCAGCAACAUAUUUACCUGAAGUUGCUCAUGAACAAGGUUGGAAUCAUAUUCAAACAGUAGAUUCAUUAUUACGUAAAGGUGGUUAUAAAGCACCGAUAACAUCUGAAAUGAGAAAAAAUAUACAAGUAACACGAUAUAGAAGUGAAAAAUUAACAUUACAUUAUAAUGAUUAUAUACAAUCAAAAACAGCAUCAUCAUCAUCAAUAACAGCAACAUAUUCAUGUACAACAAAAACAACAUUUAUAACUAACCGUCCAAAAUAA